AAAUCUGAAAGAAAGGGAUUGGGAGUUUAGCCACAGCGUGAUGAGCUGACUCCUUUCCUUCCCUAGCCCUAGGUUUUUUUUCAUCCACCUUCUUCCACCGUACACUGCGCUCUUUCCCGCCAUCUCUAAAUACAGUUCCGGCCGCUAUGGCCGGUGCCUCCAGGUUCGUCAUGCUGCUCACCACCCCAUUCCCUCUCCACUUGCGUCCCUCACUCCUCCGAAUCGCUCGCCAUUCUCGCCAUUUCCGGUUAUCGUCCCUCUCUGUCACUCCUCACCACCUGCCUCACUCUCCUACUACCACUUGUCGCACCAAUUCAGUUUUCCUACUCAGAGCCUCUCAAAAAGAAAUUCAUACCCAGACCAGCCAUUUUGGAGACUCCCUCGACUUCUCAUCCCCCAACUCUCCGGCUUCGCACCCAUGGCCUGAAUGGUCUAAACUCGUAGACAACCUCUAUGCUUGUAGGUAUCAGGGGCACGGAAUAGGGGCUGAGGAAGACGCAUUUGUGGCGUAUGAGAAUUUGUCAAACCAUUUUGUUCAUGCUGCAAGCGCGUGUUUGGCAUUUGCUCGUCAUCGUUCCGAUCUUGUGAGGUCACUUUCUAGGAGAGACAUCGAGGUGGUUGUAGAAAAAGGAACGCCAUUUCUGUUCAAAAAUGCUCUUGACACUGCAAGAAGGAUGAGGCCUUUUAUGGACAGAAGCAGAAGCAAUGUGUUGGAAUUUGAAGAAAUACACAUGGUUGAUCUGAUGAAGUAUUUAUUGAGUUAUGCAAGCAAUCCUAGUGUUUCUUCAGAGAACAACAAUCUAUACAAUGGAAAGCUUGUUGAGUCAUCUGUUCGUAAUCUGUUGAUACAAUUGGCUGAGGUGAGCAGCAACAUUCCGGAAUUGAAGACCUCUUUUUCUAUGGAGUAUCAGUUACCAGAUAGAUAUGGACAGACACCCAGACCACUUGGACAAAAAAUUGAAAUGAAAAGAGGUGAUUGGAUAUGCCCAAGGUGCAGUUUCAUGAAUUUUGCAAGGAACAUUAAAUGCCUUGAAUGUGAGGAGGCAAGACCAAAAAGGCAGCUGACUGGUGGGGAGUGGGAGUGUCCUCAAUGUGAUUUCUUUAAUUAUGGGAGGAACUUGGUAUGCUUAAGGUGUGACUGCAAACGACCUGGAGAGGCUUCAUUCGGCACUAGAAACUCCAGACCAGGUUUGGGAUAUAGUAAUGGGGACUAUGCAAAUAAGGGUGAUGUCGAUAGCCGGUUGGCUGACAAUGAAGAGAAGGCACAGCGGUGGUUUAGUAAGGUUUCUCAACCGGACAAUGCAUCUGAUUUGAGCAAAGUUGCAGCUGAUGAAGAUUUUCCUGAAAUCAUGCCGUUGAGGAAAGGGGUAAACAGGUUUGUUGUAAGCACGAGGAAGACAUCCCUGGAAAGGAGACUGGCCGAUUCCCAAUAUAAAAGAAACUUAGGAGAUGGUGGUUCUUCUACGGGUAAUCAUAUUCAAACUCGGGAUGCAAAUAAGACCUUCAACAGAAGUUUGGAUGAAAUUCAAACUGUUAGACAAAAUGCUGAGACAGAGAACAGCUCCUUUCCACGAUUGAGUUCAGCUUCUUUACGGAACGGACAUUCCAAAGAGAGCAGUUCCAGUUAUGUUCCAUUUGUGCCAUUACCUGCUGACACGUUUGCUGAAAAAUCUCAAAAUUCAAGGACGGACAAUGAGAAGGGGGACACAGAAAACCCUGAAUCUCUCUCUUUGAAAGCCACUCGUGAGCAGACAGGUCAUGUUUCAGGGAACAGUGAGUCUGCAGGAUCAGGAGAUGGGUUGCACUCUUCUGAAAUGCCAGCUAGUCAGGCUGAGAACCAGGAUAAGGAGAAGGACCAAGCUGGAAAGUCAGAGAGAUGGUUUAAGAGGGUAGCAGAGCUGCAUGAUGUUACAGAUCUGGCAAGUGAGAUUUCAGAUGAGGACUUCCCAGAGAUUAUGCCAAUGCGUAAAGGAGAAAAUCGAUUUGUGGUCAGCAAGAAGAAAGAUCGUUCUUUAACUUCACCAAUGUACAAAAGACGAAUGGCCAUGGAGCAAGCAGGCAAUACCAAUUUUGUUCCCUUUGUCCCAUUCCCGCCCGAUUACUUCGCUAAAAAGGACAAAGAGCAGCGAACUGAGGCAGAUGAAACUGUAUUUAAAGCUACAGGUGAAAGUUCUUCCAUUUCUACGAAACCAGAAAAACUUCCUGAGAAUCUCGAUAAUGUCAAAAUAGGGGUGUCUGAUACAAAACAAGUGGAAAAUAAACAGACCAGUCUUGGGAGGUGGACUUCAGAGUCUUAUGUAGGUAGUUCAAAUGAGAGAGAAACUGGUGCUGCUUACAGGACACAAAUCAGUGAAAAUCCAAUUCAAAACUCCUCCUCUAAUUUUCAGACUAAUAGCAAGGAUAGUUGGAGUACUGGAUAUAGUGGGAAAGAUAAUAGAACCGAAGGUACAAAUAUGGCUGGAAGUUUACCCCGACCAACUGAAAAUCAGAAUGUUAGGAGUAGCUGGACGGGGAAAAGCUUGGAGGGAUCAGCAGUAAAGGAACCCGAUCCUUUAGACAUGUCAGAAGAGGCUAAGGCACAGAGGUGGUUCCGUCGUGUUGCCCAGAUCAAGGAUAUCUCUGAGCUGAGCCAGAUCCCUGAUGAAGAUUUCCCAUCAAUAAUGCCCAUGCGUAAAGGGGUGAACAGGUUUGUAGUAAGCAAGAGGAAAACACCAUUGGAGAGGAGGUUGACAUCUCCUCAGUAUAAAAGGAAUCUUCCAAUUAUAAGCUCCAAUUCUCCGGAGAAAGAAAAUGACAAAAACUGAAAAACAUGGGAGCGAUUUCUUGUGAGACUCUCACUUAGCAUGCAGGAACACAAGUUGGAAUUGGGUACGCAGGUCGGGUGGGGUAUGUAUUGGAGAGUAAGAUGCGUCAAUUCUCAAAACAGAAGGGUACAAGGACACGGUCUAAUAUUGAUAUAUAUAUAUAUAUAUAUAUAUAUAUAAAUUUCUUUUACUUUCUAGAAUAAAAUAGCAUUUUGGUGUAGCAUUGCGUCCUAAACAGGCAUUUAACUCGUUUUGAGACUCUAAUAAAACAAAAUUAAAAUUAUUGUACUAGGUAUACAUUUUUCAGGUACAUGUCUAAUUAAAUAAAUGUGUUGGACACGUACCGUAUUGUCUAAAUGUCGUACAUGGAUGAUUAAUAGUUUUGAGAAGAGUCCACAUUUCAAAUAAGUUGAAGACAAGGUUGCCAGAUACCAU